AUGACAUCACUAAAGAGAAUCCCGGAGUGGGACAGUGCUGACUACGCCGACGCUCUUUCCUCGCCUUCGCAGGAACAUGACGAUACAGCCAGCGAUUACUUGGGUCCAGCUCUCAGAAAUAUCGACUGGAACGAUUAUGAUGAUUGGGACGUUGUCUUGCAAGAUGCCGAUCCUUUGUGGUCGAAUGAUCGUGUGUCUGAGCAGGAUGCAAUACAGACCAGUGGCUUAGAUCUGUAUCUGAAUAGUGAUCAUGUCCCAGCAACAGCUACAAAUAAUGGUGCGGCCAGUAUCAAGACUUGGAUGACAACUGUGUUGGAAGAGCAGUCUCAGCCUUCGACGACAGGUGGUGCUGACAAUAUCGUUGCUCAAGCGCCUAGAGUCCCUAGUGCUUUCAAUCUGUGCUACGGCAUGAUAAAUCGUGUGACCAUCCAAUUAGUUGGCGAUAUGUCAGAUAUCUCCCGCAUCCUCAGAUCUGCCGACGUCGAACAUGUCCGGUCAUAUUACCUGUUAGAUAUCAAUCUCAUUGACAACAAACUAUAUGUUACGUCACCAAACGGAGAGCCUAUUGCUCAGGUCAACAAACACUUCGAGGAUUCUCUCCUUGAGUCUGUGAAGUUUCAACGUAUUAAGCUGCAAGCUCUUCUUCACAAAACGAGGGUCUUUGAGAUCAUCGGUCAUGCCACCCGUUCUAAAGAUGCGAACAUGAACGUGAAUAUCAAUGUUUACGGCUCAGUCACGAACAGCCAGUCAUUGAGUCAGUUGUUGUCCGUUUCUAAGAUCUGGCUGCAAAGACCUGACUGGUUUGACCCUCAAUCUGACUACCAGAAUCCGCAUGUUUUGAAAAUUCCCGUCGGCCUUUUCGAAAACGAGGCGCAGGUAUCGACCAAUGAUGUUGCGAACCCCGAGGAGGCCUCUCUGCAGGAGUCCAUAGCCGAAGUCUUUUCGCAGCUUACAAGAGACGCGAAUCCAGGAAACAUGACAGGUAACGAGAGACUCUCUACGAACCUUCUACCACAUCAGGAGAAAGCAUUGGACUUUAUGAUUCAGCGAGAGACUGGUCCGAUACCUCCACAAUAUCAGCAAUGGACUGAGGUUACAGGUCAAGACGGAAGCACAUGGUAUCAGCACAAGAUUGCUGGUCUCAAGUCUCGGACCCUUCCAAAAGAGACUGGAGGAGGUGUCCUUGCCGAUGAUAUGGGCAUGGGGAAGACCCUAUCACUACUUGCUCUGAUCGUCAAGUCAUCAGAGGAGGCAUAUUCCUGGUCCACUGAUGAUACAACUCGACUGGACAACGAGAUAUCCUCGGACAAGGUUCUCUCUCCUGCGACUCUGGUGGUCGUCCCAACACCGCUUUUACUGAAUACUUGGCUCGCCGAGACUCGGCAUCAUUUGAGGAUUUCUCUAAGAACAAGAAUCUACCACGGAAAUAGACAAUCAAUCAAGAUACAGGACUUGACUGAUUGCGAUCUUGUGUUGACCACUUACCAAACAUUAGUAUCCGAUACAAGGAAAGGUUCGAGCUUGUUGCAGGAUGUCGCCUGGUAUCGACUCGUACUUGAUGAGGCACAUAUCAUUCGCAACCAAUCGACCUUCUUCCAUAAGCGGGUGACUCAGCUUCAAGCAAGAUAUCGAUGGUGCUUAACAGGAACCCCAAUUCAGAAUAGUCUAGAUGACAUUGGUGCACUAUUUACCUUCCUGAGAAUAUACCCUUUUGAUCGUCUGAGUACAUUUCGAAAAUGCGUUACUGAGCUUUGGCAAUCUGGUGGCAGCAGAAAAGUUCAAGCAAAGCAAAACUUGGUACAAUUGAUUGAUUCUCUCUGUUUGCGCCGACUGAAAGACCUGCUCAACCUCAACUAUAUCGAAGAGCAAAUCCGGCACGUCGAGUUGUCAGAAGACGAGCGAAUGCAGUACACCCACACAAAAGAAGACAUGAAAAGAGCCAUGCACAAUAACGUUGAUGAUUAUGACACCGACAAUAGAUUCGGCAUGUUUCAGGCUCAGUUGCAACUGCGUCUACUGUGUAACCAUGGCACUUUCCAGCAUCGAUUUCAUUGGGCACGUGCAAGAACACUAGCUGACUGCGACUGUCUUAUCAUCCAGGAAGAUGCGUCGGCCCUGGUCGGUAGAAACGGGGAUGUGAUGUGCUCGGCUUGCUUCACGACAAUCCUGUCCUCAGAUUUGGAAUCAGCCUACCAGUUCCAGCGAUCGUGCUCUCACGUUUUGUGUACAGAUUGCCAGCUAGGCAAUAGUGUAGACUGUCCUCUAUGUGAAGCGGCGUCGUCCCACCAGAAGCACGAUCACAAAGUCAAACGUGCUCGAUUUGACACUACACAUCAAGGUUACUUUCGAAUAGAUGGACAUUCUUCAAAGCUGCUCGCUCUUGUGGACGAUCUGCGAACACUGGGAGUCUCGGACAAAAGCAUAAUCUUCUCGCAAUGGACAACGACGCUGAAUCUUGUCGGACAAUAUCUCCAAGGACGCGAUAUUUCGUAUGGACGCAUCGAUGGCACAGAUGAUUUCAAAGUUCGACAGGACACAUUGGACAGGUUCAAGAGGGAAGACAACUUCAAAGUUUUGCUCAUGACCACUGGGGUUGGUGCUUUUGGCUUGGAUCUCAUUGCAGCAAAUCGCGUAUUCCUUCUCGAGCCACAAUGGAAUCCCAGUGUCGAAUUGCAAGCCAUUGGCCGCACGAUGAGAAUUGGUCAGCAGAGAAAGGUGCUUGUGACACGGUAUAUCGUGCUUGAUAGUGUAGAAACGGACAUGCAGGACAUGCAGAAGCGCAAGCUUGGUAUGGCAGGCAUCGCUAGCAGUAGUGGUAGGCACGUUGACCUAUGA